GUGCAGAUGCGGCUCCCCUUCUCGUUUUCCUGAGCCGACGGAUGAAGGGUCACCCUGGCUCGCACCUUGUCGGAUCUACAUACAGACAUGCACCGGCGCAUCGCGACUGAUGACUGACUUCGCUCACUUUUCCACAGCUCCAGUUCCACUGUUCACGCUGAUGGCGACGAACAAUCUGCGCAUCUUUGUUUGUGCGUCAAUUGUCCGACAACUGCUGAUCGAGCGUAUUUCUUCCCUACAAUAGCAGCGUCUGUAAAAAAAUGCAACUUUGCAAGUUGCAGGUCUUAUCCUGUUCUACGGAGCGAUGGUUGUCAAGGAGACUCAAAUGAUGCACAUAAACCGCUUUAACCGAUUACUUUGCACCAAUACAUGAUCACGAUUGACCAUACUCGCUUGUACCCUUUCUGGAAUUUUGGGCAUUCCAGGUUGCAAGUUUUUUGCGAAGAAGGGCCAGACUGGAAGCAAGAGAACAGUCGCGAAAACGUCAUGGUGUGCACUACCACCUGGUGCGGCGCCAACUUCGAGACCCUCGCCGCGGGCCUCGUGGGGCCCCUCAUCUUCCUAGGCCUUGUUGCGCUUUGGUGGAGACUGUACCGAAGCAAAGUUUGGUUGCGCGAAUGGAGGGCGCUCGAGAAUGCGUACGCGAAGAAGCUGCAGAGCAGGGUAAAGUCUUCAGCAUCUGCUUCUCUCGUUGUGGAUGUUGCCAACCUAACGGUGGUACAGCCCCAGCACGAAGGAAGUAUGGAGAGGACACGUCUGCCGUUUGCAAGCGGAUCGCACGGUGACUGCGAGAGACAUAGCAGCAUCAGUACACUAGCUGGUAUUGGAACGGCAUCGUCAAGCUCAAAUGAUGGGAGCAGCCCAGGCUGUUCUUCAAUUACCGUACUGCACCUGGAGCCGUUCAUGGUAGCUCAAGACGUCCUGAAAGCGUAUUCACAAGUGUUCCCGCCACAUGUUCAUUUGUCUCUGGCCGACGGGCUAGCAUCCAGUGCCAACACGUCGAGAAGCGGCAGCGGAAAGCAGCUGUACGAGCCCCAUAACCAGAACCAGCAUCAGUAUUACCACCACUCCCGCACACGGCGCAGGCCUUCAUCCAUCGGCAUGACCUACCGCGGCCUGCAGCGCCAGCAGCCGGUUCAGCUUGCUGAUGCACUUGCUGCAGCUCGUGAUGGUUCUGCUGCUGCUGCUGGCUCUGCGCUGCCGCCUUCACAUUCAAGGCCGUACGACAUGGGCGUUCAGGUGGGCAACGGCAGCAGCAGUACCGGGCGCCUUUCGGGUACCACAACCGUGGGGAACGCGAGCGGAUGGCCCGCCUCGGGUCAGCCGCCGUUUCUAUCGAGUAUCGAUAAGAACGCCUUGCAUCGGCGCAGCGAGCAAGCAGCGUUAGUGAUGAAGUGCCGCAAAGCUGAAAGCGGCGCGCAGUGGGGCUGGAGGUGGCAUGUGCCGUCGAGCAGCUGCGGCGAAGAGGGGGAGGGCAAGGUUGAUAUGGAGAAGAGCAAGAAGAAAAAGAAGGUGACGGUGCAGGGACAGAUGAGCUCUGCAGGAUGGGCGAUGCAUGGGGUCAGCUGCCAAGAGAACGCCAGCAUUGUGUUGACGCAUAGACGACUGGCUACUACAACGAGCUGUUCGGAUGGCUCAUCCGCUAGCGCUGCUGGGAUGGGCCCUGCCGGACCGUACUGGCGAUGA